GCUUCCAUUUGUAUUUUGUUUAUUGUUGUCUGUUGUUUGCCUGUGGCGACUGGCGUCUGUGUCUGGCGUGUGAGUAACACUGUUCAUCAAUCUUGCCGGUAUACCCGAACCAACGAACCUUAUUCGUUUCGAAUAUAAAUUCGGAAGAUAUACAAUCGGAAAAUUGCAUCUCAGUCAUUUCACAGCCAUAGUGCAACCGCGUUGUCUUCAACACCGUUCGUCUAUUAAUCAAUUUAUAUACACACAUCAAAAAUGGCCGUAGACAAAGGAGACGCCCCUGAACACAUUAAUCUUAAGGUUCUUGGCCAAGAUAAUGCUGUGGUUCAAUUCAAGAUUAAGAAACAUACUCCUUUAAAAAAGCUCAUGAAUGCUUAUUGUGAAAGAACUGGUUUAGCUAUGGCAACUGUGAGAUUCCGAUUUGACGGACAGGCAAUUAGUGAAGCCGACACUCCUUCUUCUCUUGAAAUGGAAGAAGGCGACACCAUUGAAGUCUACCAACAGCAGACUGGCGGUUGCUUUUAUUUUAACUACUAUUAACUACUUACUAUUUUAUGUAUAAGUUUAUAUUUUAUUUAUAAAUCACAUUUCAUGUAUAUCAUUAGUUUUUGAAACCGCAUACCAAAUAUUUUCUAUUUUCCACUAAAGCUGGCAAUAUUAAAAAAAGUUAUGAAUAAUACAAAUUUAUAAUCAACUCAAACGAUAUCAAGAAUUAAUUACAAUAAACAGAUAAAUUUGAUGUGUAUGGAACAUAGAUAAAAUAUUUACUGUAAAACUAUUUGUAAACAAAUUUAUUCAUACUAUUAUUAUUUUUUUCAUAUUUCUCUAGCUUAAUAAACUUUUGAUAUAAUCAA